AAAUAUUUUAUUUAAAAUAUCACUUAUCGCAGAGAUAAUUCAUUAAUAUAACCCUAAAAAGCCAUAGGGUAGAAUAUAAAUGAUUUAUAUUUUUUUGAAUAGAAAGACGCCGACAAGUGAGGAUAUCUAGUUAAAUAUUCACGUAUUUUCUCACCACACUGUUUGCAUAAAUCAGUUCGGCAAGCGUUCUUGCAAAGUCGGGAUGCUUGAAGGAGCUUAUAAGAAGAAAUGGCCUCUGCAGAAGAAACAGAGGAAUCAAAUAAAUUCCAUUUUAAAUCUCUGGCGACGAAAAUAGCAAUCUUCAUCUGUGUGCUGCUGGUGGGAGCAUCAAUCUUCCGUAUUAUCGAAAGGGACAAAGGAUUACAAACAACACACUCAAAUACUGAAAAUGUUAAAGAAGAAAUUACCUCUAAAUAUAACAUUUCUGCAAAGGAUCUUCGCAAACUUUUCACUGCUUUUGAAAAAGAGUUGGCCGAUGCUACAGAAGCUCGAAAGCCUCAAUGGACUUUCAGCAAUUCAGUGUUCUUGGCUUUUUCAAUUAUGACCACAAUUGGUUACGGUUAUCUCACGCCCAAGACAUGGCAAGGGCAGUUGUUCUGCAUCUUCUACAGCAUGGUCGCGAUCCCGGUCACUGGCAUUAUGCUAAUUAGCGUGGGAAACCACGUGACCUUAGCGCUACAACGCCUCAUUUCCAUGCUCGAGACCAGGCUCCUUCGCCGAGAGAUGCCAAUGAAUCCGCAGCUCAAAAGUACCGUCGUCACAUUUGUGUUCAUGGUCGUCAUCAUCAUUUCCGGUGCGCUGCUGACGUCACAUACCGAUGACUGGACUUUUAUCGAAGGAAUGUACUUCACGUUUAUUAGCCUAUCAACGAUCGGCUUUGGUGACUACAUCAUAAAUAAUGGGCAACUGAAGGACCCGGAUGUACAGAAAACUAUAGCGGUUAAUUUCACUGUUGUGUUGAUUACGGUCGGCUUGUGUGUCGUGUCGAGCGUCUUGUGCUCGGUCAGUGACCUGAUUGAAGAAAAAAGAAAGCGAAUGCAUGUUUUAAGCGCUGCCGCCGCGCUAGCUAACUCAGCGCCGAAUAAAUUGUCACUGAGGAAAACUAAAGCUAGAAAAACUAAAAAACUAGAAACUCGUCGGCCUUUGAGCACCAUUGAAGAAGCUUCGGUUUGAUAGAAAAUUGAACAAAAUUUCUCAUAUAAAAAUUGUAAAUAUCCAUGAAAAUAGUACAACUUACAGUGUGUUAAUUAAUGAAAAGAUAUGCGUCUAGUA